GAUAUCACGAAAACUCCGCGAUACUUUAAGGGACUUCAACGUUUCGGUUGAAAACCUCAGAGUUAAGGUUUCAGUCAUCACAUUUGCCCGGGUUUUUAUUAUAUAACACCUCUAGAUAGCCCGUAGUCAGACGAAGAAGUUCACCUGCUACACUGUAAAAAUCAUGGCCCAUUUGCCACAGCAUGGAUUAUUUCCCACCCUAAGUGCCACAGCUAAAUGGUAUGACAGACGAGACUUUGUUUUUGUUGAGUUCUGCGUGGAAGACAGUAAAGAUGUACAUGUCCAAUUGGACAAGUCAAAAUUUGAGUUUAGGUGUGUCAGCGGAAAAGACAAAUACAACAAUGAAAUUGAGCUUUUUGGGGAAAUUGAUCCCAAACAAUCGAAACACAGCCGCACAGACAGGUCUGUGCAGUGUUGUUUACGAAAAGCAGAAGCUGGGAAAUCAUGGCCACGACUUACCAAAGAAAAAGCAAAGUUUAAAUGGUUGAGUGUGGAUUUCAACAACUGGAAGGACUGGGAAGAUGACUCGGAUGAGGACAUGUCAAGUUUUGACAACUUCUCGGAGAUGAUGAACAACAUGGGUGGAGAUGAUUUACCCGAUUUAGAUGGUGGAGAAUACGGUGCAGAAGAACAUGAUUCUGCAGACAGCGAUGAUGAAAAGAUGCCUGACCUCGAGUAGGCAAACAUGGUUGCCACCUCACUAGAGAUCAAAACAAGUCGUGAGUCUGAAGAACGAAAUUAGGCAAUGAGUUGGCAGCCACAUUGAAGAAAAACCUCUCUAUACCCCAUUUCCAAAGUGAAAUCCCUGCAGAGAGCGACCGGGGGGGGACGUGAUACAGACAUGCACAGGCGUCCAUAACAACAUACAGUGCUGUGCUUUGCUGUUUUGUUCUGCAUGGACGAUUUUGUUCAAAUAAAAAUGUUGUUGUUCCCUGGCUUA